GCUAAUUCCUUUCAAUGUUUUGUUUAAAGUUAAGUGCUUUGUUUCCAUUUUAUAGGACCGCCCCUUAAAAGGUGUAUAAAUGCAAUGUAGUUCCAGCAUCUGUUAGACUUGAUGACUGCAGCACCAGUAGCAGUACGCUCGGAUUUAAAGACUUCUCUAUCUACAAUAAAGACUACUGCUGAAGACAAUACAAGACUCCUGGUCUUCACUGAAAACAGUUUCCAAAACUGACAUUGAUUGUUGGAAGAGUCGAGAGAAGACUGAAGACAUGAGUGAUCCAGACCUAUGCCGAAGUAAACAAAUCGACACAGAGGAACAUAAAGACUUAAUGGACCUGAAAGUUGAAAGUGAUGAACUGAAUGAAGUUGAGGAGAAACACUACUAUCAGACACCUCAUCAUUUCAUAAUGAGAGAAACAUCCAGUAGCUUGCAGAUGGAAAAUACUUUAUUUCUAAAAAGAAAGCAAAGUACAGAAGCGGGCAAAUCCUCACCUCACUGUGAGAACAGUUUUACACUUAAAAGACAUUCUGAGGAACAUGUGAAAAUUCAAACAAGAAAGCUUCCAUGCACAUGUCUGCAGUGUGGGAGGAGUUUCACACAGAAACCAAAUCUUGAUGUGCACAUGAGAGUUCACACUGGAGAACGCCCAUACACAUGUCUUGAGUGUGGAAAGAGUUUCAAACAGAAACAAACUCUUGAGAUUCACAUGAGAAUUCACACUGGAGAGCGUCCAUACUCAUGUCUUGAGUGUGGAAAGAGUUUCACACAGAAAUCAGGGCUUACUCUGCACAUGACAGUUCACAGUGGAGAGCAUCCAUAUACAUGUCCUCAUUGUGAAAAGGGUUUCAAUCUGAAAUCGAUACUUGAAAGUCAUAUGAGAACGCACACUGGAGAGCAUCCAUACGCAUGUAUUCAGUGUGACAGGAGAUUUACACAGAAAUCAUAUCUUCAAAGCCACAUGAGAGUUCACACUGGAGAGCGUCCAUUCACAUGUCUUCAGUGUGGAAAGAGUUUCACAUACAAACAAAAUCUUCAGACACACAUGAGAAUUCAUCCUGGAGAGCAUCCAGAGACAUGUCUUGAGUGUGGAAAGAGUUUCACACACAAACAAAAUCUUCAGACACACAUGAGAAUUCACACUGGAGAGCAUCCAGAGACAUGUCUUGAGUGUGGAAAGAGUUUCACACACAAACAAAAUCUUAAAAUGCACAUGAGAACUCACACUGGAGAGCGUCCAUACUCAUGUCUUGAGUGUGGAAAGAGUUUCAAACAGAAAUUGGGGCUUAAUCUGCACAUGACAGUUCACAGUGGAGAGCAUCCAUAUGCAUGUCCUCAUUGUGAAAAGGGUUUCAAUCAGAAAUCGAUACUUGAAAGUCAUAUGAGAACGCACACUGGAGAGCAUCCAUACGCAUGUCGUCAGUGUGACAGGAGAUUUACACAGAAAUCAUAUCUUCAAAGGCACAUGAGAGUUCACACUGGAGAGCGUCCAUUCACAUGUCUUCAGUGUGGAAAGAGUUUCACAUACAAACAAAAUCUUCAGACACACAUGAGAAUUCACACUGGAGAGCAUCCAGAGACAUGUCUUGAGUGUGGAAAGAGUUUCAUACUGAAAUCAGAGCUUAAGAAACACAAAGGAAUUCACACUGGAGAGCGGCCACACUCAUGUCUUCAGUGUGGAAAGGGUUUUAAAGACAAAGUAACUCUUGCCAGGCACAUGAAAAUUCACUCUGGAGAGCGUCCAUACACAUGUCUUCAGUGUGGAAAGAGUUUUAUAGACAAAUCACAGCUUAUUGUGCACAUGAGAGUUCACUCUGGAGAGCGUCCAUAUACAUGUCCUUAUUGUGAAAAGGGUUUCAAACAGACAUCGGCACUUGAAAGACAUAAGAGAAUUCACACUGGAGAGCGUCCAUAAACAUUGUCCUUAGUAUGAAAAGGAUUUUUAAACAAAAAGAAAAUCCUGAGGACCACAUGAAAAUUCACUAAGGAAGGAGUGAUACUCUAAAAAAUGCUUGCUGAAAUGAUAGUAACUAACGUCAAAUAGUCAAAU